UUAAUCAUUUGUUAAGGAUUGAAACCUGUAAUUGACACAUUCUCAUCCGUACCAUUGAGUGCACCUCCUUAGAAAACCGACAAUUGAUAGAGUUUCCGUCUUUAAAGCCUAGCCAAACACCAUGGAACCCUUGAAAAAGCUUCCAGAGGGGACCAAAAUGACGGUGGGGUCUCAUAAAAUAACCAUACUCAGUUACCUCUCCGAGGGUGGAUUUGCACACAUAUAUAAAGUCCAGAUGUCUCCCAAAGAAGAUGAUUCGGAUAUUGCCUGCUUGAAGCGUGUCAUAGUCCCCGACAAGAGCGGGUUGGAUCAAUUGCGUAAAGAAGUUGAUGUUAUGAAGAAAUUGAGACUUUCCCGAUGCGUUGUAAGAUACUUUGAUUCACACGCCGAGAGGUUGGAGUCCGGUGCUUAUCAGGUACUUGUGUUGAUGGAGUUAUGCCCCCAUGGAUCCUUACUAGACUACAUGAACGCUAAGAUAAAGACCAAGCUCACAGAGUCUGAGAUUCUUCUGAUUAUGUUUGAUAUUAGCAUAGGGGUUUAUGAGAUGCACAGACUGAAGAUGAUCCACAGAGACAUAAAGAUCGAAAACGUGCUCAUAAAUGCCCAUCACCGGUUCAAGCUAGGUGACUUUGGAUCUACUAGUCUGCCAUUGAUGCCUCCUACCAACCAGCAGGAGUUCCAAGCGUUGGCCCAUGAUAUCACUUAUCAAACCACUCCUCAAUACCGAUCACCCGAGAUGAUCGAUCUUUAUAGGAAUCUCCCAAUUGACGAGAAAUCGGAUAUUUGGGCGUUGGGGUGCUUUUUGUACAAAUUGUGCUACUAUACUACUCCUUUCGAAGCUAAUGGUGACAUUGCUAUUUUGCAUGCAUCUUUUCAAUUCCCACCAGCUCCCGUAUAUUCAGGAGAUCUUAAGAACCUUAUCAUCAUUAUGUUGCAAGAAAACCCAUUCUUUCGUCCAAAUAUUGUCCAGGUGAUAAAAUUGGUGUGUAAGAUGACCAAUGCAGACUUCAAGACGUUGAAAAUCCAAGACAUCUACAAAGUAGGAUCCUAUGAUUUCCAAGCUUUGCACGACUAUCAGCAGAAGAAACAGAAGGAUCUUUUACAGCAACAACAAGAUUACUUUGAACAACAGAAAAAGCUACAGCAGCAGCAGAUACAGCCACAACCACAGCCACAAGCAGAAAGCCUCGCACCUAGUGCUUACGAGAAAGAUUUUAUUGACCCUGAAGUAAGUGAAAGUGACGAUUCUUCCACAGAAGGUUUGGAUACCACGCUUGGUGAUUUGGCAGAUCUUGAAGACGUGGAACAAAGAUAUCCUUCUUUGGAAAACAUAAUAGUCGAAAACGAUGCCCCUAAAAGUGGAACUGGUAGUAUUAAGUCAGCCGGUCCAAAAGACCUGAAAAUAGAGAAGAGUGCUGUCCCACCACUUCCCAUGGUACCAAACUACCCAGUUCAGCCACCGAUUUUAAGUUCUCAUGACCUUCAAAGGUUAACACCUGAACAAUUACAGCAAUACAACUAUCUGCAUCAGGCUUACCAGUAUCAAUUGAGCCAUUGGAUGUCUUACCAACAAGCUGGAGUGUCACAGCAAUACCUUAGGCCAGAGCCCAAUAAGGAAAAGUAUUCCACGGAAUUUGAAAAGAAGGAGGCAUGGGAGAAACGCCAACCUAGUAUGGGUGAAGAGGCUGAAAAAUUGGUUGACGACAUAUUUGGGUCUAAAUCUCGAUCUCCCACUGAUGUUCUUCAAAUUCAGCAAAAGACUUCUCAAAGUAUUAAGUCCGAACCUGCCGGUGGAUAUUUGGAAAGCGAGGAUGAAGAAGAUGUGAAUGUCAUAAUCAAGCCCGCCAAGGUAAGGUUGAGUAAGAGUAACAAUUCGUCAGAGUUGAGUCUUAGUAAGGCAAAACCAGAGCCCAGUAUCGAAGUUGUAUCCGAUACAAAGACCGACCAGCUUCUUCCCACCGAUUUAAAGCUUCUUCGCAAGGACAACUUUGAGAAGAAGGAGGUUGCAGAAACUCGCUACGAGGCCCGUGAAGAUCUCCCAGUGCUGAAUAGCACGACAGGAGCCUUUCCUAAAGGAGAGCCCAUGAUAAAGGAUAACAGAGUCUCUGCGAGUAGCAAUUAUCUUUCGCAGCCACUAGUGUCAAAUCCUGUCCAAUACCCGAGUUCUACUAUGAUCCGCUCAGGUUCAGGUAAAAAUUUGAACCCAUUUCCAGUGAAUCCUCGUUCUGUUUCAGAAGCCAACUUUUCUACAGAUGGUGCCUCCGAUUCCAAGAAGUUUACUAAUCCUUGGGGUGACUACAGAAGUACGCAGCAUUUGCCUAAAGCGUCCCAAUUACUGCAACAAGUAAAUUCCCUUUCCAUCAGUGACAACCGAGGCGAUUCUUCUACACCCAAAAAGCCUUCUACCGAAGAGCCGAACCUAAUAAACUUGGAGAUUGGCCUUGACUCCGAAUCUUCAUUGUCCACUCCAAUUAUGACAAGUACAUUUCUCAACCCACUCAGCGACUCGUUGAUUGACUUGGAUUUAGAUGACAAGUUCCAGAAACCGUCCGACCGCCCUCACUUCAAGAAGAAAGUGCCCAGUAUCUCCAACCCGUCUGACUUCAGAGUACAAGAAGAGGUUAUAGACUGGGCUUCAGACGAUGAGGACCCAGAGCAGAUGAACCGAUUGGCCAUUCGCAGCUCUUUGAAGAAGCUGGCCCGAAGGUCAGGAGAGCACAAGCGGUCAGAGAGCACGUCAGGAGAAAGCAAGAAAAGGUUGUCACGCUUGAUCCAAAACUCAUAGACGCACUCUACAUAUACACUCAAUAUAGAUACUCCAGAUU